AUGUGCACGGAUGUGGCGAUCGUGGGGUCAGGUCCUGCCGGCCUCGUGCUCGCUGCUCAGCUUGCCAAAUUUGCCAACCUUAAAGUGAUGAUCUUUGAGGAGCGAGACGGCAAGCUGGAGAUGGGACAGGCAGACGGUAUUCAGUGCCGCUCUGUCGAGAUGUUUCAGGCGUUUGGAUUUGCGGAAGAAGUCUUGAGAGAAGCAUACUGGGUCAACGAAGCCACAUUUUGGACUCCAUCGUCAUCGAAUGAGGCCAACAUCGCUCGGAUGCGUCGAGUCAGAGAUACAGAAGCGGAGUUAUCCGAAUUUCCGCACGUCAUCUUGAGUCAGGCUCGAAUUCACGAUUUCCUGCUACACGUCGCCGCCAGCGGGCCAGGGGCCUUGCAGCCCAUCUACUCGCACAAAUUUCUGGGAUAUGAGGAAUCCGAGGAUAGCGACUACCCGCUCAAAGUUUCUCUUCACGGUCCGAAGCACGAUCAAGUCUUUUGCAAGUAUCUUGUCGGCAGCGACGGAGCAAGGAGCGCUGUACGCAAGUCCAUGGGUCUCUCGUUACAAGGCGAGUCGGCUCAUGUAGCUUGGGGCGUCAUGGACUUUCUCCCCGACACCAACUUUCCCGACAUCCGACUCAAAUCGGCCAUCCGUUCUGCCGAGCACGGUAGCGUCCUCAUCAUUCCUCGCGAGGGCGAGUCCUUGGUCCGCUUCUACAUCGAGAUGGCCACCCUUAAGGACGACGAGAGAGCAGUGACUUCGGGCUUUCUCAUCCUUCACUCGCAGGCAGAUCGUGCAUUCACUUCUGCAGAGCUGAUUGAACGGGCGAAGAAGAUCUUGUCGCCAUACACGCUCGAUGUCAAGGUAGUGUACUGGUGGUCUAUCUACGAAGUGGGACAGAGGCUGUGUCCUCAAUUUGACAACGUCAAUAUUCAUCGAGGGGAACGGACGCCCAGCGUAUUUUUGAUGGGAGAUGCUUGUCACACCCACAGCCCUAAAGCAGGUCAGGGCAUGAACGUCUCCAUGCAAGACGCUUUUAAUCUUGGCUGGAAGCUUGCUGCGGUCUUGUUGGGAAGGAGCUCAUCCAGUCUACUCGCUUCUUAUUCGGCAGAACGCUACGCGGUAGCCAAGGCUUUGAUUGAUUUUGACCGCGAGUUUGCAAAAGUAUUCAGCUCGAAAGCCGCCACUUCUCCAGCCAUACAACUCUUCGUCAAGGGCGGACGAUUUACCGCGGGCGUCGCGACCAAUUACGAUCCUCGGCUUCUGGCUCCACGCAAUGCUUCAGACACUACUUUGGCGUCCGGAUUUCCGAUUGGUGACCGUUUCCAUUCUGCACAGGUACUACGCGUCGCAGAUGCCAAGCCUGUGCAUUUGGGUCACACCAUGCCGGCCGAUGGGCGCUGGCGCCUUGUCGUCUUUGCUGGCGCUUGGGAAGCAGACGAUCAGAAGCUCGCUCUUCGGAAGUUCUGCAAAGCCUUGGAAAGAAUUUGUUCGCGCUUUACGCCCAGACAUCUGCCCAUUGACUCUGUUGUCGACUUUCGAUUCGUCUUUUCCAGCCAUAGGGAGACCUUGCACGACGAACAACUUCCAGACAUUAUGACGCCAAGGACGGCAGCAGGCCUUGCUUUGAAAGAUUACACGAAGUUAUUCACCGACGACGCUUCUUAUAAUCACGGCCACGGUCGCAUGUACGAGAAGAGGCGAGUCGAUCCGAAGCGAGGCGCCGUGAUCGUCGUCCGCCCCGAUCAAUACGUACUGUCCGUUCUGCAUGUUGAGGAAACGGCAAAGCUUGAAUCCUUGCUUGAAGAAGUCUUGCUCCCUCAAUUUUGA